AAGCAGAGGCUGAAAGACGGUAACCGGGACCACCAUCACCGCUACUACUACCACAGCCAGCACCGACACUGCUGCCGCCGCCGCCGCCUUCGCUGCUGCCGCUGCCGCCCUGGGUGCCCCCCGCCACCGCGAUGGGAACUCCGCAUCAGUCGCUCCAACCGCCGCUUUGUCCGUGGGCCAUGUCGUGAUCCGUGGACUCCGCCAGCGGGUUUUCUAUCCGUGAUCCCGACCGAGGCGAGGAGGAGGAGGAGGAAGAGGAGGGAGGGAGGGAGGAGAGGAAGGUGGUGGUGGUGGGGAAGAUGUUCGCCUCGGUGGGCCCUCGGGGCGGCCCGCGCCCACCCGUCGCCCCGGCCAUCCCGGAACCGGACCUGAGCCAUCUGACAGAGGAUGAGAGGAAGAUCAUCAUGGCUGUGCUGGCUCGGCAACGGGAGGAGGAGGCGAAGGAGGAGGCCAUGUUAAAAGAAGAAAAGCCUAUCCAAGCAAGAACGGUGAACCUGGUCGGGCAGAAGAAACCUCUACAGCAAAAUGAUGUCCGGGGCAUCCAGCAGCAGUUGUCCAGCUACAGGGAGACGGUGAUCCGGCAGGCCUCGGCGGCAACGGGUUCGGCUGUUCACCGGGACGACGCGCCAACCUGCGGCAUUUGCCACAAGACAAAGUUUGCAGAUGGCUGUGGGAACCUGUGCUCGUACUGCCAGACCAAGUUCUGCGCCCGCUGUGGGGGGCGAGUGUCACUGAGAUCCAACACGGUUAUCUGGGUGUGUAAUAACUGCCGGAAGCAGCAGGAGAUCCUCACCAAGCCGGGCGACUGGUUCACAAGUUCGCCUGGGAACCCCGCUGGUCUUGGAUCUGCUGUCAGCGAGCCUUCCGUGUGCCAAACGUCUGGGGAUAAGAAGCUCCGAUCGCGCUCCCAAGCCCCCUCAGACUCCACCACAGCAAACCAAGACCCCAACCGACCCAACGCACCCGGGACCACAGCUGGGACCGAUGCAAGGUCACGUAGCGAACCACCGCGAGACACGAGAAAUGGACGGGGAGGUGGAGGAGCUGGUCGGGGAGAGCGGAGGCCAGGACAAUCCAGGCUGCAGACCCAGGUCUCCAUGGACAGGGACCUCCGUGGGGAGUCCAGGGAGCGCAGAGAAAGCCGGCGACUAACUAAGGGACGCUCUCUGGAGCAUGAUCCUGUGGGAGGAGGUGGCGGAGUAAGGCGGACAGAAGAGGGGGGCUCCCGCCAUGUGGACCACAAUGGUGCCACCCCUUGCCAAGCAGGGCUGGUCCCUCCUGUAGGUCGGGGACACCCUGUGCCCAUGCAGGGUCAUGGCGUGGGCAUAGUUGGGGAGCUUGGGGAGGGUGUAAGGCCUGGUCAGAGGACGGUGGGUCGGGUUGUUGGGCCGCAUGAACACACCCUGGCUCAGCAAGCCCCUCCCCCUGAACUUAGAGAGCCACUUGGCUCAGGACCUGGCUCAGCCCACGACCAGGGACCUGGGAUGAGGCGGACCAAACGGGAGAAGGCUGAGAGUAUGCUGCGCAACGACUCACUAAGCUCUGACCAAUCAGAAUCUUUGCGCCCACCACCGCCAAGGCCCUACAAGUUGAAGCGAGGGCUGGGGGCUGGAGGGAAGAGACAAACCAGCGUCAGCAGUUCAGAAGAGGAAGGAGGGACCACGCCAGAGUACAGCAGCUGUGAGGAUGCUGAGAUUGAAAGUGUUAGCGAGAGAGGUGACUGGGAGUGCUACCCACAUGACCCCACUGUGUGGCAUCAUCCUGUAACCUGGCAGCCAUCUAAGGAGGGAGACCAUCUGAUUGGACGGAUCACCCUCAGCAAGAGGAGCGCUGCAAUGCCAAAAGAAGCUGGAGCUCUGCUGGGGUUAAAGGUGGUGGGAGGCCGAAUAACAGAGUCAGGAAGAUUAGGUGCCUUCAUCACUAAAGUCAAGAAGGGCAGUCUGGCUGAUGUGGUGGGACAUCUCAGAGCAGGGGAUGAGGUUUUGCAGUGGAAUGGGAAACUGUUACCAGGAGCGACUAUGAAGGAAGUUUACAACAUCAUCCUCGAGUCUCAAGCCGAGCCUCAAGUGGAGCUGGUGGUAUCCAGGCCUAUUGGUGAUAUCCCAAGAAUCCCCGACACGUCCCACCCUCCGUUAGAAUCUACAGGUUCCAGUUCUUUUGAGUCACAGAAGAUGGAGAGACCAUCCUUACAUGUACUAUCUCCCUCCAGUCCCGGGAUGCUCAAGGACAAUCCACAGUUAAUGCCAGGGCAACUCUCAGUGAAGCUGUGGUAUGAUAAAGUCGGUCACCAGCUAAUAGUCAACGUGCUGCAGGCUGUAGAGCUUCCACUUCGCCCCGACGGGCGGCCCCGGAGCCCCUACAUCAAAAUGUACUUCCUCCCUGACCGCAGUGACAAGAGCAAACGAAGGACAAGAGCAGUGAAGAAGACGUGUGAGCCCAAGUGGAACCAGACGUUCGUCUACACUCAUGUCCAUCGCAGGGAUUUCCGCAACCACAUGCUGGAGCUGACUAUGUGGGACCAACCCAGGUCUCCAGAGGAAGACAGCACCUUUAUGGGAGAGAUCCUAAUAGAGCUGGAGACGGCCUUACUGGACGACAAGCCUCACUGGUUUCCACUCCAAACCCAUGAUGUCUCAUCCAUACCGCUGCCCAGAGCCUCCCCUUUCCUGCCCCGACGACACACAGAGCCCCCUGGCAAGAAGCUGCAGCCAGAUGGGCGUGGCAGGGAGAGGCAACGGGAGCCUACGUCUACUCUGGAGGUGCCCGAGCAGCAGAGGACGCCCAGCCAUCACUUACGAUCCCGCUCGGUCUCCCCUCACCGUGAGGAGCAGGGGCGGAUCCGGUCACGGCCGCCCAACGUUCCCACCCAGAGGAGUUUGGAUGAUGAGCUUCCUCACUCCCGUUGUUCUCGUUCUCCAACUCGCUACUAUGACGCUGCCAGAGGUCGCCACCAGGAGGAGGAGUACCUGGACGACAGGGGCCACCUCCAAGGUGGUGCGUCUCUUUCCUCCUCAGUGACGUCCUCCUCAGCCCGCAGAGUGAGGCAGCUCCCACAGCUUCCCCCCAAAAGCAACACUGCAGAACAAGCCCUGGUAGCAGAGGAGCGUGUUCGUCAGCUCCAGAAGAGGGUUCAUUCCAACCGGGUGUCAGCUGCUUCCACCGCCAGCCAACAGGACCUGGACAGAACUCUCAAGAACAAACGGGAGCUCUACAAGGAUCAGAGGAGGAGCAGUGAAAACGUUUCCCAUAAGUCCUCAGACAGUGAUGUCAGCGACGUGUCAGCCAUCUCUCGAACCAGCAGUGCCUCUCGCAUCAGUAGCACCAGCUACAUGUCCAUCCAGUCAGAGAGACCCCGGGGACGCUUCAGCCGGGCCAUUCGCGCAACGGGCGGCCACAUGAUGAAGAGCACCAGUGUGAGUGGUGAGAUCUACGGCAUGGACCACGCCGAUGGCAGCCAAUCAGACACCGCGUUGGGGAGCCUCGGGAGCGGGAUCAAGAAGCGGCGCUCGAGCCUGAGCCAACGUGUCGUGGCCAUCCUACCAUCUAGACGCAGCCGGAGUACCUCGCAAAUCAGCCAGACAGAAGCGGCGGGUAAGGCGAAGGACAGACAGAAAGCAUCGGCAGGUAAAAAGGUGGCCAAGGCCGGCAGCAGCAGCUUCAAGAGGAGUGAGGAGUACGGCAUUCCGGUGGAGUUUCCGCGUGCAGGGUCGGUCAUGAACCGGCAGGCCAGCAGAGAGUCGACUGAUGGCAGCAUGAACAGCUACAGCUCUGAGGGGAAUCUGAUCUUCUCAGGGAUGCGUUUGGGUGCCGACAGUCAGUUCAGUGACUUCCUGGACGGUUUAGGCCCCGGUCAGCUAGUUGGCCGGCAAACACUGGCAACGCCUGCCAUGGGUGAUGUCCAGCUUGGUUUGAUGGAUAAGAAAGGCCAGCUGGAAGUGGAGGUGAUCAGGGCACGAGGCCUUACCCCCAAACCAGGCUCCAAAUCCCUCCCAGCUCCCUACGUGAAGGUGUACUUGCUGGAUAAUGGAACUUGUAAAGCCAAAAAGAAAACCAAGAUUGCACGAAAGACCCUGGAGCCUCUCUACCAGCAGCCACUGCUCUUUGAUGAGAGUCCACAGGGCAGGGUGCUCCAGGUGAUAGUAUGGGGCGACUACGGACGAAUGGACCACAAAUGUUUCAUGGGUGUAGCACAGAUCCUAUUGGAGGAGCUGGACCUUUCAAGCACGGUGAUUGGCUGGUACAAACUGUUUCCGCCAUCUUCUUUGGUGGACCCUACAUUAGCUCCACUAACCCGACUGGCAUCUCAGACGUCAUUAGACAGCUCAGGACCGCCGCCAGGCAUUCGGUCCUAGUGACCGGAUAGUGACUGCAACUCCCCCAAUAUCCCUUAAAUGACAAAAUAAUGGACCACAGCUACUGGACCACAGCUACUGGACCACAGCUGAGCCGAGGGCGUAGAUCCCACUCAAGAACAACAACAAGACGCCCUCGGUCAACCAGUGAAAAGCCAGACGGAGAGACAGGGAAUGAGAGAGCGAGAAAGAGAGAGAGGGAGAGACAGAACUAGCCAAUCAAAGCUUAGCUGGAGUCUGACAAUCACGUCUCACACCUUCCCUCUUCCUCCUCCGUGCACCUUUUGGUUUCUAAAGCUUAGCUUUCUUUGUUUCCUCCUGACUCGUAGCAGUAGAGAUUCUGUCCAACAUUCUUCACUUCUCUCUACUGUUCCUUUCUUUUGUUUGUUUCUUCUCACUGUUUUUGGGCAGCCCCUAUCUGAGCACUCGACCCAUGGAGAGUCCUCCAUCCGGUAGCGCCCCGGCCAAUCAGAGUAGAGCGUACUGAAUGGUCCAAACAGUGUGUGGGAGCUAGUAAGUAGCAAAAUGAUGCAGCUGUACUGUCACCAUAGUAACAGUGUUAUUGUAGUUGAACACGCGGGGCAACGGUUUGGCACAGUAUGGUGACCCCUUCAG